CGUCGCGUCCCCUCGCGCGGCGAUGCCGCCGCCCAAGCGUAGUAAGCGCGCGUCCGUCGCGCUCGCGACGCCGCCGCCGCCGGCGACGGACGACAACCUCGGCGCGCUGUCUGUCCUCGAUCGCGGAUGCCUCGAGAAGAUACUCGGAUGCCUCGAUCACGACGCGCUUUUCACGGUGCCGUCCGUGUGCAAGACGCUCCGAGACAUGCUUCGCGGCGACCCAGCGGGGCCGUCCAUCGAGGCGUUAGAGACGCCGGGGUUCACCCGUCCGUCUUCGCCGUGGACGGCGCAAGUCCGGAGGCUGGUCGAGCGCUGCGCGGGCGAGCUGUCGUACUACGACUCGCGGAUCGCGGAGCUGCUCGAGAGCGGGAGAUUGAAUCCGAAGAUCGAGACGCACAGAGCGGCGGACUCGACGAGCUUCAGCGAAGACUAUUACAAAGACGCGAUGUCGUGGGCGUAUCAUCCACUCGUGGCGUUGCUCAGCGCGCGGGACAUGACGACGUUUCCGCGCGCGGAGAAGAAGUGGACGUGGAAAGGCGCCCCUCGCGGCGACGCGUUUCUUCUGACGUACCAUCCUCGGGUCGUGGAUGGGUGGGAUGCCUGUAACCACACGCGUCCUUUUCCUUAUAAUUCUCUGUAUAAAUUCGAGGACCACGGAAUGUGUUCGUGGAAGAAGCAGCUGCCGAGCAUGAAGGCGCUCUACGAGUACAUCUACAGAUUUGGCGCGCUGUGUUACGACUGCUGGCGCUACCAAGAGAAUUCUAACGAGGUAAGGCGCUGGGAGUCGCCGUCGCGUGAUAGUGAUGGAGAACCAGAAGCGAUUCGUAAGCUCACGAAGGGCGUCUGCGAGACAGGCGAGACAGGCUACGAAUCGGACGAAUCGGACAGCCACGGGCAGUACGACGUUUUCUUGCCGCCGAAUUCGCGGCGCACGAACGACUUUAGCCCGCUGUGCGUGACCCUGUGCCGAGACUGCUCUCGCGGGUACGCGGGUCCGCCGAAUCCGUCGCAGAGGCUUCUCACCGCGACGGACGCGAAGCGUUCGUACUGCCUCCGACCGGCGGACAUCGAGCCGUUACCCCACGCCAUCGACACGAACCCGAUCGAAGCCGGAUUCGCGCCGAUGAAGCUGUACCGCAAAGUUGACGUCGUCGCCGCCGCGUUGAGUCGGUGGAAGACGCGCGAAAAGUUGGACGCGGAGAUUCACAAGCGACUGAUUCGGUGAGCGACGUCCCGGCGGCGAUCGCCAUCGCGGGCGCGCGUUAGAUAGAUAGAUAGAUAGGCUACGUAUCGCUAGGUUUGGGUGGAAGUCGAGGACCGACGCCGUCGAGGUCACAGCUCGCCGUCGCCGCCGCCGCCGCCGCCGCCGCCGCCGCCGCGAGAUUCUUUCCCGAGAUUCUUCAGAAAAUUC